CAAAGCAUUCAAUUACUGUUUUUGCUGCACUUGUUGAGUAGGAUUUUGCUGUGCUAAAUUUGAAUCAAAUGGCCCGCACAAAGCAGACAGCAAGGAAAUCGACUGGAGGGAAGGCCCCUCGCAAGCAGCUUGCAACGAAGGCGGCCAGAAAGAGCGCCCCUGCUACUGGUGGAGUGAAGAAGCCUCAUCGCUUCAGGCCCGGAACAGUUGCUCUUCGGGAGAUCCGUAAAUACCAGAAGAGCACAGAGCUGCUUAUAAGGAAGCUGCCUUUCCAGAGGCUUGUUAGAGAGAUUGCACAGGACUUUAAGACGGAUCUGCGCUUCCAGAGCUCUGCCGUUUCGGCAUUGCAAGAGGCAGCAGAGGCCUAUCUUGUAGGGCUUUUUGAGGAUACUAACUUGUGCGCCAUCCACGCCAAGAGAGUCACCAUUAUGCCUAAGGAUAUUCAGCUCGCUCGCCGCAUCCGUGGCGAGAGGGCUUAGAUUUCUUAUGCUUUUCAUUUAUUUAACGGUGUAUUUUUACACCACCAUUCGCCUGGUUUUUUUGGUUGCCUUUCUUGUCGCUUACUUAGGGUUUCUUCUUUAUGCAUUAGAUGUUAGGGGAAUGGAAUUGUACAGUUUUACAUGGAAUUGUACAGUUUUGUUAAGCGUAAAAAUGAAUGUUAUGUGAUUUCUCUGUACAUUGGAUGUCAUUGUUCUGUUACUUGGAAAUUAAGUUGUAUUUGAGUCAGUU